AUGCACAUGGAGACCCUCCGCAGCAGCAGCCUUGCUGCUGCUUCCGUUGCUGCUGCCAGCGACGGGGAGACGCAGCAGGUCGCGGUUGAAGCUGAAGCAACUGCAGCAGCAGCAGCAGCAGCAGCAGCAGCAGCGACACCCGCAGCAGCAGCAGCGACCCCAGCAGCAGAGCCCGCACGAGUAGCGACAGCAGCAGCAGCAACACACGUGCAGCCCAGCACGGCUGCAAUAGAAGCCUUGGCAGCAGCAUCAGCAGCAACAGGAGCUCUUGCUGCUGCUGCUGCUGCUGCUGCACUCCCUCCUGCACAGACAGACGCUGCUGAGGAAGCAGAAGCCUUGCUGGAAGCAGCAGCAGCAGCAGCAGAGCCGCAAAGCCUUUGCCUCUCGCCAGCUGCCUUCAGCGUGACGCCGCAGCAGCAGCAGCAGCAACUGCAGCAGCAGCUGCUGCUGCUGCAGCAAGAGGAGACUUCAAAGACUCCAGGGCCGCGUUUUAGCUCUGGCGGGGACAGCUGCGCAGGAGUUGCAGCAGAUUCCGCAGCAAAAGUCCCAGCAGCAGCAGCAGCAGCAGCAGCAGGAGCAGCAGCAGCAGCAGCGACAACAGCUGCCGCAGCAGCACAGAGUGAGUUAGGAGUACCAGCUGCCUCAACCACAGCAGCAGCAACCGCAGCAGCAAUGACUGCAGCAGUAGCAGCAGCAGCAACGACAGCAGCAGCAUUGCCUGGGGACCACGCAGCAGCAGCAGCAGCAGCAGCAGAUAUUGCUGCAGUGGGGUACUCCUGUGGAGCCCAGCCCCAGCUGGCAGAAGCAGCAGCAACACAAGCAGCAGCAGCGGGAGCACAAGGAGCAGCAGCAGCAGAAACAGAAGCAGCAAAACCAUCCGCAGCAGUAGCAGCAAACGUAGCAGCAGCAGCAGCAGCAGCAGCAACUCACUCGGCUUUGGUUCCGGCGACACUCCCCGCAGCAACAGCAGCAGCGGCUCAAGCAGCAGCAGCAGCUCCUGCAGCAGCAGCAGCCCAACUCGCAGCAGCAGCAGCUCCUGCAGCAGCAGCAGCCCAACUCGCAGCAGCAGCAGCUCCUGCAGCAGCAGCAGGCUUAGCCGCAGCAGCAGCAACCUCUAUACCAGCAGCAGCCACAGCAGCGCCGUUUGCAGCAGCUGCAACGCAGCUGGCUGCAACUGCGACCACAACAGCAGCAGCAGCAGCAGCAGCGGCAGCAGCAGCAGCAGCAGCAGAUGCACAAGCAGCAACAGCACCUCUUGCAGCAGCACCUGCGGCGCAUGCAGCAGCCCCCCGAGAGGUGCCAACUGCAGCAGCAGCACUUGCGGCAGCAACGCCAGCAGCAGCAGCAGCAGCACCAGCUGGCCCAGCAGCAGCGGCAGCAACGGCAACGCCCGCAGCAGCAGCUGCUGCUGCAGCAGCACCCCUGGCAGCAGCAGCAAAGCUGACGGCCCCAACGCCGCAGCAUGCAGCAGUAACUUCAGCAGCAGCUGCUGCAGCAGCAGCACCUCUAGCAGCAGCAGCAAAGCUGGUGGCUCCGACGCCGCAGCAUGCAGCAGCAGCUGCUGCAACAGCAGCUACUGCAGCAGCAGCGCCUCUAAGGGCGUAUGUUUUAUCCCCUACAGCAGCAGCUCCAGCAGAAGCAGCAGCAGCAACAGCAGCAGCAGCAGCAGCAGCAGCAGCAGCAGCCGUGCGAGCGCCUCUAGCAGCAGAAACCGAAACACCUGCAGCAGAAGGAAUGCCCGCAGCUGCUGCAGCACCAACUGCUGCAUUGGCUGCAGCACCAGCUGCAGCACCAGCUGCAGCACCAGCUGCAGCACCAGCUGCAGCACCAGCUGCAGCACCAGCUGCAGCACCAGCUGCAGCUCCAGCUGCAGCUCCAGCUGCAGCUCCAGCUGCAGCACCAGCUGCAGCACCAGCAGCAGAGGCAGCUGCAGCACCAGCAGCAGAGGCAGCUGCAGCACCAGCAGCAGAGGCAGCUGCAGCACCAGCAGCAGCACCAGCAGCAAAAGCCGCCGAAACACCAGCAGCAGAAGCAGCUGCAGCGCGAGCUGCAGCACCCCCAGCAGAGGCAGCUGCAGCACCAGCAGCAGAGGCAGCUGCAGCACCAGCAGCAAAACCAGCUGCAGCAGCAGCAGCAAAACCAGCUGCAGCACCAGCUGCAGCACCAGCUGCAGCACAAGAAUCAGCUGAUGUUGCUGUCAUAGCCUUACAGGGAGCAGCAUCGGAGGUUCCUCCUGCUGCAGCAGCAGCAGCAGCAGAAGCUCCUGCUGCUGCUGCUGCAGCACCUGCUGUUUUAGCCGGGGAGGCACCAGCAGCACUGCCAUGCCCAGUUCCAGCAGCAGCAGCAGAAACAGCAGCAGCAGCAGCAGCAGCAGCAGCAAAAGGCGCCACGCGUUGCAUGCCUUCUCCAGGGGCCUCUAGGGAGCAGCUGCUGCUGCAGCAAAAGCUGCUGCUGCAGAAGCAGCUUGAGGCGCUGCAGCGCGAGCACGACAUGCUCCAAAUGCAGCGCGUGCAGCAGGGACAGCAGCAGCAGCAGCAGCAGCAGCAGCAGCAGCAGCAGCAGCAGCAAACUGCAGCUCCUGCUGCUGCUUCUAUUGUCGCGGCUGCCUUCGACACACCAGCAGUUGCUGCUGCAGCAAGCUCGUCUCUCUCUGCUGUCAGUGCUGCUGUUUUUUCCGACACUCCAGCAGCAGCAGCAGCAGCAGCAGCAGCACCUGCGCAGCAAGACCCCUCGGCGUCUGCGGCUGCUGCUGCUGCGGUUGCUGCUGCUGCUGCUACUGCUGCCGAUUCAGAUGCUGCAGCUAGAGGUGUCGAAACACCGCAAGUUGCUGCAGCUACUUGCUGCUUGGGUACAGCAGCAGCUGCUGCUGCAGCCAGUGCGGGAGUACAAGCAGCAGCAGCCGGCGCUGCUGCUGCAGCCGCUGCUGCUGCAGCUGCUGCUGCUGCAGCCGCUGCUGCUGCAUCCCCUGCUGCUGUAUCCCCUGCUGCAGCACCAAGUAUAGCUCCGGUCACUGCAGCAACGAACGAGACAGCAGCCGCACAGGCAGCUCCCCCUGCAGCAGGAGCAGCAGCUGCUGCAGCAACAGCAGCAGCAGCAGCCAACGAAGAAAAAUUAGCAGCAGCAGCAGCAAAAGAUAUACAAGCAGCAGCCUCACCCACAGCAGCAGCAGCAGCAGACGCUGCGGAAGUGCGGGCACUAGCAGCAAAGCCAGGAACUGACAGCCUUGCUUCCGAAGCAGCAGCAAACGUAACGGCAGCUUCUGCUGCUGCUGCUGCUGCUGCUGCUGCUGCUGCACCGGCAGGCACUGCUGUUGCUGCUGCUGAUACACCCGCAGCAAUUCUUGGUGCUGCUGCUGCUUCUCAGGCGGCGCCUGCAGCUGCUGCUGCUACACAGGCAGCAUCUGCUGUAGCAGCUCCCGUUGUUGCUGCUGCUACUCAAGCAGCAACUGCUGCUGCUGCUGCUGCUGCUGCUGCGGUGCCAACAGCAGCUCCUGCCUUUCUCGCUGCUGAACAAGCAGCAGCUGCUGCUGCUGCUGCACCGGCAGCGGUUGCUUGUGCUGCUGUUGAACCAGCAGCUGCUGCUGCUGCUGUUGCUGCUGUUGCUGCUGCACAGGCGGCUUCCACCUCCACUGCGCCUCCAGCGGUUCCUGCUGGUGCUGCUGCUGCACCAGCAGCAAUGCCUGGUGUUGCUGCUGUUGCUGUUCCAGAAGCAGCGCCUUCUGUUGCUGCUGCUGCUGCAUCAGCAGCAGCACCUCCUGUUGCUGAUGCUGCUGCUGCACCAGCAGCAAUGCCUUCUGUUGCUGAUGCUGCUGCUGCACCAGCAGCAAUGCCUUCCGUUGCUGCUGCUGCUGCACCAGCAGCACCUCAUACUGCUGCUAUUAAACCUGCAGCGUCCCCUGCUGCUGCUGUACCCACAGCAGCUCGUGCUGCUGCACCUGCAGCAACACCUGCUGCUGCCCCCGCAGCAACUCCUAUUGCUGCUAAACCAGCAGCAACACCUGCUGCUGCUGCGACCACAGCAGCAGCAGCAGCAGCCGCGCCUGCAUGUGCUCCAGGAGGACCAGCAGCAACACUUGUAGAUGCAGCAGCUGCAGCUUCCCCGGUGCACUGCAUUCCCGAUACUGCUGCUCGAGGCGCAGCAGCUGCUGCUGUCACUGCUGCUGCUGUUGCUGCUGCUGCUGCUACGAAGCUCCAAGAGUGCGAACAAACCCUGAAGCCCUCCAGCAGCAGCAGCAGCAGCAGCAGCAGCAGCAGCCGCAGCGGCGGCAGCAGCAAGUGCAUCAACGACGAAGCUGUUAACGAGCCGCUGGAAGAAUCGGAGGCGGUUUUAGCCGUCACGGAGCAACAGCAGCAAUCGCAACAGCAGCAGCAGCAGCAACAGCAGCAGCAGCAGCAACAGCAGCAGCAGCAGCAGCAGCUGGCAGCAGCCAGCGCUUCCAGGGAUUCGCUGCCGCCCUUGUUGUCCGGAGGCCCCAAGAGAACUCAUGCUGCUGCUGGUGGUCCUGUGCGUAAGCGGCAGCAGCUGAUGAGGCCCGGGCUGCAGCGGCCUGCAGCAGCAGCCAGUCCUGCUGCUGCUGCUGCUGCUGCUGCUGCUGCUGCUGCUGCUGCUGCUGAGCAAGCAGCAGACGAGCAGAAGCUGUUUCAAGACACGCGGCUGCGCGUGGGAGACAGCGUGGAGGUUUUGUGGGUGCUGCACGAGGACGCAGCCGACUGCAGCAACCCCCAGCAGCAGCAGCAGCAGCAGCAGCAGCAGCAGCAGCAGCAGCAGCAGCAGGUGUGGUGGCCCGCGGAAAUCCGAAGGGCCCCACAUAAACGAAAAGACCGCGAGGGCCGCCUCGAGCUGCUGCUGCACUAUUUGCCCUUCAGGGGCCUCCCAGCAGAAGACGCCAGAGUGGUAUUUGAGGGGCCCCACACCCUCAGGCACUUGGGGGCCCCACGCCAGCAGCAGCAGCAGCAGCAGCAGCAGCAGCAGCAAGAGCAGCAGCAGCAGCAGCAGGGAGGUGAAGAGCCCACGCUGGAUGAAGAGGUUGCUGAGGCGCCCCGGCUCCGCUGCAGAAGGAAGGGCUCUGUUACCCCACCUAGUAGGCUGCUGCUGCUACUGCAUUAUCUGCUGCUGCUGCUGCUGCUGCUGCUGCUGCUGCUGCUGCUGCUGCUCCUGUUUAACCAGCUGCAUUGGCUGCUGCUGCUGCGUUACCUGAUGCUCUUGCUGCCCGUGUUUUAA